UCAGUUCCGGCAAGCCUCGAGGCUCCCGUGGUUUAUGGUCACUGACUUCAGCCAGGGAGCACGGAAGUUGCUGCCGCUGUGCAACUUGGGUUUUUUUUUUUAUCCUGCAGUUUUUAGCUCAGCAGAACUGCACACCCGGGACUCUCCCCAGCUCUUCGUGUGUGGCUCUCUCAGGAUCCCACAAGAGCAAGCUGUGGGUCUGUGAGUGUUUAUGCGUGCUUUUAGUCACUUCACACUUAUUGAAAAGUGUGUAUGUGAGAGGGUAGCGUGUGUGUCAAAGAGAGCGAGAAAGAGAGACCAAUUGAUUCUGCGGUCUCAACUUCAGUAUCCCUCAGCUGGUAGCUUUUGGAGUCAGGUGACCAUUUGGGGUGCAUAGCUCAGAGAUGCAGUCCCCCUGGAAAGUCUUUAUGGUGGCGCCUCUAUUCUUUCUUCCGCCCCUUCAGUCCUUGGCUUCUCCACUCUACGAAGACCAGUCCAGGCUCAGCCACUCCAAUGGCCACACCUGUGUAGGGUGUGUGCUGGUGGUGUCUGUGAUUGAACAGCUCGCUCAAGUUCACAACUCGACGGUCCAGGGCGCAAUGGAGAGACUGUGCAGCUACCUGCCUGAAAAACUGUUCUUGAAAACCACCUGCUAUUUAAUCAUUGACAAGUUUGGAUCAGAUAUCAUAAAACUGCUUAGCGCAGAUAUGAAUGCUGAUGUGGUAUGUCACACUCUGGAGUUUUGUAAACAGAACAUUGGCCAACCAUUGUGUCAUCUCUAUCCUCUUCCCAAGGUGGCAUGGGAAUUUACACUAGAGAAGGCAAGACAAAUUGUCAAGAAGUCCCCGAUUCUGAAAUACUCUGGAAGUGGUUCUGACAUUUGUUCACUCCCGUUUUUGGCCAAGAUCUGCCAGAAAAUUAAAUUAGCUAUAGAACGGUCUGUGCCAUUCAAAGACGUAGAUUCAGACAAAUACAGCAUUUUCCCAACGCUGCGGGGCUAUCACUGGCGAGGGAGAGAUUGUAAUGACAGCGACGAGUCAGUGUACCCAGGCAGAAGGCCAAACAACUGGGAUGUCCAUCAGGAUUCAAAUUGUAAUGGCAUUUGGGGUGUUGAUCCAAAAGAUGGAGUUCCAUAUGAGAAGAAAUUCUGUGAAGGUUCACAGCCCAGGGGAAUCAUUUUGCUGGGAGACUCAGCUGGGGCUCAUUUUCACAUCUCUCCUGAAUGGAUCACAGCGUCACAGAUGUCUUUGAACUCCUUCAUCAGUCUACCAACAGCUCUUACUGAUGAGCUCGACUGGCCCCAGCUCUCUGGUGCUACAGGAUUUCUGGACUCCACUGUUGGAAUUAAAGAAAAAUCUAUUUACCUUCGCUUAUGGAAAAGAAACCACUGUAAUCACAGGGACUACCAGAAUAUUGCAAGAAAUGGUGCAUCUUCCCAAAACCUGAAGACAUUUAUAGAAAGCUUGUCUAGACACACAAUGUUGGACCAUCCUGCCAUCGUUAUAUAUGCCAUGAUUGGAAAUGAUGUCUGCAAUGGGAAGCGCGACACAGUCCCAGCCAUGACCACUCCUGAGAAAUUCUACUUCAACGUCAUGCAGACUCUGAAGUAUCUAAAUUCCCACCUGCCCAAGGGCAGCCAUGUUAUUUUUUAUGGCUUACCAGACGGAACCUUUCUCUGGGAUAAUUUGCACAACAGAUAUCAUCCUCUCGGCCAGCUAAAUAAAGACGUGACCUAUGCGCAGCUGUACUCUUUCCUGAACUGCCUCCAGGUCAGCCCCUGCCACGGCUGGAUGUCUUCCAACAAGACGUUGCGGACUCUCACUUCAGAGAGAGCAGAGCAACUCUCCAACACACUGAAAAAAAUUGCGGCCAAAGAGAAAUUUACAAACUUCAAUCUUUUCUACAUGGAAUUUGCCUUCCAUGAAAUCAUACAGGAGUGGCAGAAGAGAGGCGGGCAGCCCUGGCAGCUCAUCGAGCCCGUGGACGGAUUCCACCCCAACGAGGUGGCUUUGCUGAUGUUGGCAGAUCGCUUAUGGGAGAAGGUGCAGCUUCAGUGGCCCCAAGUCCUGGGAAAGGAGAAUCCAUUCAACCCUCAGAUUAAAGAGGUGUUUGGAGACCAAGGGGGGCACUGAGCAUCUCAGGAGCACACACCCCUGGGGAGCACAUGGAGGCAGAGGCUUUGGUAAACGCAUUCCACAAACCCUAUGGGGGCUGCUACAUUACAGGCCCAAAGGACUCUCCUUCAGCAGCAUCUUUGCAAAAUGCCUUUCUCUCAAUGAAGAGCAUAUCUGGAUGAUGGUGCAAUGCUGUGUGCUUCUGGGAUCAGUAACCCUCCUGUUGUUCCUGAAAUAACCUUUAAUAAAGUUCUUUGGGUGCCAUUCCAAGCAAGAGAGUAUCUGUGCCCUUUAGAGCUAAUUGUUCUAAAAGGAGCUUCUAAAA